UGUGAGGACUUGGGCAGCCGGAGCGCGCGACCCUUCGUCCAGAGCGCGCGCAGCACGGGCCGGGCGUGCGGGUUUGACCUUCCACGUCCUGGUGCUUUCCCAAGCGUCUCUUCCAGAGUUCCUUCCUCCAGAGCCCAGAAUCUUGAGUUGCGUCCACGAUGAGCAACUUGACCCAGACUCUACGGGACGCCAUGAAGGUCGUGUUCAGAGUUCCCGGUUUUGAUAGAGUUUUGGAAAAGGUGACGCUUGUCUCUGCUGCUCCUGAUAAAGUAAUUUGUGAAAUGAAAGUGGAAGAAGAGCAUACUAAUAAGUUUGGUACUCUCCAUGGGGGCCUGACAGCAACUUUGAUAGAUUCCAUAUCAACCAUGGCUCUGAUGGGGACAGAAAGAGGGCUUCCUGGAGUCAGUGUUGACAUGAACGUAACGUUUAUGUCACCUGCUAAACUUGGAGAAGUAGUAGUGAUCACAGCACAAAUUCUGAAGCAAGGAAAAACACUUGCAUUUGCCUCGGUGGAUCUGACCAACAAGACCACAGGGAAAUUGAUAGCACAAGGCAGACAUACUAAACACCUGGGAAACUGAGGGAACAAACAGCAGGGUGACCCAAUGAAGCCCAACAAUGAGUAACUUUCUGAAAUAAAUAUCAAAACUAGAAGUAGCUAAGUGUUUUCUUUGGGGUGCAGAAACUAAAACGAAAAUAUAUUACGGAGGUUGGGUUUUUUUUGCUUUUCUUUCCCAGAGUCUCUGGCUAUCCUGGUACUCACUGUGUAGAGCAGGCUGACCUUGAACUCAGAGAUCCACCUUCCUUUGCCUCUCUGGUGCUGUGAUUAAAUGUGUGCCACAAGUCCAGCUGGGAUAUCUUUCUUUUGAAACAUCUUUUAGUCAGGUGCAUGAUCAUUGCAUGAAGGUGUUCUUGGCUCAAUGUUUUGGUCUUGCUUUUUGUCACCCAGGAUAACUGAACUCACAAUUUUCUGCUUCAGCCUCCUAAAUGCUGGGAUUGUAGGUGUUGUUCCACCUUGCCUAACUAGUUUUAGUUCACUGUUUUUGUAACAGUAAAGAAGCUAGAAGACCCACUUUAAUAUUACUCUACAACUGACGCCUAGUAUUAAAGGAGAAAGAUGAAUUUGACAGACAUUAGUUAGUCGUAUAGACUGGACAACACAUAAACCUUAGAAAUGACUUGCAGCUCAACUUCCACCACACUCAGAUAGUUGCCUUCACAUGGCAAAGGGGGACAAGAAUUAGCACACAAAAAAAGGCUUCCCACCUCCAAAAACCAUUACCUGAGAACCCAGUUUAAGGAGACAUGUCAACACAGCAAUAAUGAAAUUUUAGGUCUUUCCCAGCUCUAAAACACUGUCACAUUUCCAUUUACUUUAUGAGACAUGAUUACCAAUUUCCAAAGUGGAUCUACCACAGCCAUACUGGGAAAUGAAGAGCCUGUAGUAUGUAGCCUAAGUUUGAAAUGAAGCCCGACACUAGAAAUAGCCUAAAUAGCCUAAGUACCUUUCUAUGCUGACUUUGUGUAUCUCGACUUAUCUUUUGCAUAGAGGGGACAUAUCAUGAGCCCCUUUGUCUCCCAGCCUACUGUACUAUAUUCAAGUUAACAAAUUACAUUUCUCAAAGGUCUCAAAAACUAGAGGACGCUUGCUUCCUUCAUUUUUCAGGGACUUGAAAUAUCUGAGUCAAUAGUUGUGUUAGAUACCAGACCUCUUGACUCCUCAGCUGUGGACAAACAGGAAACCUAGAUCUUGAUUUCUAUCCUUUCCUACUAAAGGGACCUUUUUGUAGGAGCUGGGUCCAGAUACUCAGAGAGGUGCUGUGAUUUAUCCAUGAAAGUGCUCAAGAAACGAGUCUUUCAUAUUAUAUGUGACAAGGUUCACAAAAUGCUGAAAUAUACUGAGUGAAAUUUGAAAAAAUCUUUUGCAACCAUCAAGAUUAGUUGGGGCUGGAAACAGUGUAACAAUUAAGAGCCCUGGCUGCUCUUCCAAAGGACCUGAGUUUGAUUCCCUCCAUGGGCAUUGCAUGGAUAUGAUACACACACCCAUACACAUACAAGGCUGAAAUAUUUUUUUCAAAAGAUUGGCUUGGUUAGGCACUAAGCUUCAUUGUAACUAAAGGGGGGUAAGUGGAUAUUUUCAUCUUCUUUGCUACCAAUGACUAGCAAUAAGCACAUAGUACAGAAACCAAAGUUAGCUUUAAGGAGCAGAUGGCAUGUGCUUCUGAAUAUUAACCAGAAGGGUACAAAGUCAAACCACAGAAAAACUGAACUUUUUGAGAUAAUUGACAAGAACAUGGAUGGUAUACACUGUCAUGUUGGAAGCUUGGUAAUGGUACUAUAAGAUAUUGUAACCAAAUAAAUAAAGGGAGGGCCUUGGACGGUCCACAAAGCAAAGAGCCUUACCCUCUCUUUGGAUUAGAGGGAGAUGGGGUGAGAGGGUGUGUGGAGGGAAUGAGAGGAGGUGAGGGAAUGGGAAUUGGUAUUUCUUUAAAAAAAAAAAAAAAAAGAUAUGGCCAGGCGAUGGUGACGCCUUUAAUUUCAGCACUAGGGAGUGCUGAAAUCUCUGAGUUCGAGACCAGCCUGGUCUACAGAGCUAGUUCCAGGACAGGCUCCAAAGCUACAGAGAAACCAGCUCGAAAAUCAAAAAAAAAAAAAAUUGUAACCAAGAACACCGUCUCCCCCCCCCACACACACACACACACACAAUCCUGUGCUUACUUGUAACAUUGCCCUAAGUAUGAAAGGGCAAAAAAUUAAAUAGUGUGCAAAAAUGCAAUGGUUGGGUAAAUAUUUACAAAUAUACAAAGAAAAAAUACGUGCCAAAAUGCUAAAAUCUUAAUGUGUUACACCAGAACAUCUUAUACGGUCUUUGCCAAUUUAUCGAAAUUAUUCUGAGACAAAAAUGGCUGCUUAACUGUCUAACAUGUACAUUAAGAAUGAUUAUUUCUCCCUUUUCUAUGAAACAAAAGCAAAAGGCAGGGAACUACUGAAGCUGACCAUCUGUCUUAUAUUCUUCUUCAUGUUACAACUGCCAGUUUUUUCUGAAUAAACCUGAAGUGACCAAUGACAUGAGAUAAUAGAUAAAAAAGUUAACACUGCAAGUUUUAUAUAUUCAUCUGAAUAGCCAGGAAGCUUUCACCUAUUUUAUUUAGGUUUCAUUUCCCUCCCCCCCAAAUUCCAACCAGAAGCUAAAUACAAAUGAAAACCAGUAAGCACUAGUUUUACUCCAACGGAGUAGGAUCAUUCCGAUUUACUCCAAUAAAAGUAUGCAACCCUUAAGCAAAGCUUUUCUUCAUUUAAAAGAAAAAAACAAAAACAAAAACAAAAAAAAAGCUAUACAGUAGUCUUUCCUUAUGUCAUUGCACAAUCAAGUUCUGCUUUCAGAAC